GCUGCAUUUUGACUUUUUUGACUGCACCAGCCCGGAAACCAUCAUCAAGUACAUGACGGACGGGAUGCUGCUGCGCGAGUGCCUGAUGGAUCUGGACCUAAAAGGCUACGCCGUGGUGAUGCUGGACGAGGCGCACGAGCGCACCAUCCAUACCGACGUGCUCUUCGGCCUGCUGAAGCAGGCCGUCACCAAGCGGCCCGAGCUCAAGCUGAUCGUCACCUCCGCCACGCUGGACGCCGUCAAGUUCUCCCAGUACUUCUUCGAGGCGCCCAUCUUCACCAUCCCAGGGCGCACCUUCCCGGUGGAGGUCCUCUACACCAAGGAGCCGGAGACGGACUACCUGGACGCCAGCCUGAUCACAGUGAUGCAGAUCCACCUGCGCGAGCCGCCCGGCGACAUCCUGCUGUUCCUCACCGGGCAGGAGGAGAUCGACACCGCCUGCGAGAUCCUCUACGAGCGCAUGAAGUCGCUGGGGCCGGAGGUGCCCGAGCUGAUCAUUCUGCCCGUCUACUCGGCGCUGCCCUCCGAAAUGCAGACGCGCAUCUUCGACCCGGCGCCGCCCGGCAGCCGCAAAGUGGUGAUCGCCACCAAUAUAGCCGAAACGUCGCUCACGAUCGACGGCAUCUUCUACGUGGUCGAUCCCGGCUUCGUCAAGCAGAAGGUCUACAACUCGAAGACGGGCAUGGACUCGCUGGUGGUCACGCCCAUCUCGCAGGCCAAACAGAGGGCGGGCCGCGCAGGCCGCACCGGCCCCGGCAAGUGCUACCGCCUCUACACCGAGCGCGCCUACCGCGACGAGAUGCUCCCCACUCCGGUGCCCGAGAUCCAGCGCACCAAUCUGGCAACGACGGUGAGCGCCAUCUGUUUGUUAAGCGUCGAACUUGCAAACCAUCUGUUUUUACAGUCGGCUAUUUUGAUUGCCCGCAACUACGCUUGCGCGUUUUUUCAGUUUUUGAGUUGCCGGCAACUUUUAUUGCACUUGCCGGCUCUAUAGUUCCAAACCGAAAAU